AUGCCCGGAACGGACUUUCUUCCCAAGUGCCGUUUACCUGCCCCUGACCCCGCGGUUUCCACCCCAGGGAGUCAGCGCGCCGUCAUCUCUUGGCGCACCGCCGUCGCUUGCUCUUGGUCUAGGACUGGCAGUGCGCACGCAUAUGUACAUUCACCAGCCAUAGACCUGGCCUCCGCUGGAUGUGUUUACGAGAGGGAAAGUCUCGGCGGGUCAGACCGCGACGGCCUGAGUCCACGGGCCGCGGCGCCCGGCCUCAGUCUUGUGAGGUGCGGGGCCGCGGCGCCCACGGGCACCGCCCUGCCGCUCAAAACGGCGGGGGGAGACGAAAACAAGGUGGCCAGACUGCUUGACGUUGACACGUCUUGCAAGUUGGCAUCUGGGCACUCAUUCGCAGGUACCUGGGGACGCUAG